AUGCGAUGUCUCGGCGGUGCGUUAUCACUGACAACAAACACAAGUUUCGUUGUGGACCAUCUUGUGCUGCUAUUCCGUUGCACUUCGCAUGCGCAACAGGCUGAACGCACCGGUUGUGCUCAGGCCAUUGGCUUUUGUGCCAGCACUCAUACCGACUUGGUUCUCACUGAACUGGAAAAUAUCGCAAAGUGGGAAAAUUUGAAAAAAAGUUCCGGAUUGUUCGGUUUCAUCAAGGAUGCUAUGCCAUAUAAACAAUAUACUGAUCAGGAAAUGGUCAGUCUACGUGCGACAAUUAUGCUCAGUUAUGGUUAUGUGGUGUAUUAUUGCCCGACAGAUGUCGUGACACAAAGGCUCGAACAAACUGUGCUAGUUUUCCUGCGGCGCUAUAUGGAAAAUCCAAGGGAAUGCAAUGGCACAUUUCAUUUGGGCAUUGAAGAUAUUCUGCAUGUUGAUCGUUGUUUACAGAUAAUUACAUUUUAG